UCUCGCCAUACUUGCAGACAUCUCUGCGCGUACGCAGGUUACGCGGCAAAUAAAAAAAAAAACUAGUCUUUUUAUUUAUUUUUAACAUAGUAAAUAUGUGAAUUUUGAUUUAAACAAUGAAUAACUAGUAAGAAAUAUGGGUAACAUUAAAUUUAAAAAGGAGCACACCAAAAAAGAUAACAAACAAUUACUGGAUCGGAAUGAAAAUAUAUCAGAAAAUAUACCAGAAAAUACUAAAAAGGAAAAAGUCGCGAAUAUCUACGACAAUUCCAUUAAAAACGACAAACACACAAAUAUAUUUUUUCUAAUAUGUAUAAUAGGUGUAUCUUUAGCGAUACUAUUAGAAAUAAUAAACGUACAAAACAGAAAGCAGAAUGUUUGCAAAGAUUAUAAUGUCGACAGAAAGAUCUAUUGGGUAUAUUCUGCACACAAUGAUGUAGAUAAUAAAAACGGAUUGUUGAAACACGUUCAUCUGGUGCUAGAGAGGAUCGGUUACGAGAAGUCUACCAACCAAACUCCUUGGCUUCUCUUCUGGUCUCAUGAUUACCCAUUUCGUUCUCUAUACCCAAAUAUGCACAGAUUAAAAACUCAUCAGAAGGUCAAUCACUUCCCAGGAACAGGAUUCAUAACGAAUAAGGUUGAUUUAGCGACUUCCGAUUCAAAAUUUAUUCCGAAAGCGUUCAAGAUACCAAAAAAUACCAAAGAGUUUUUAAAGUACGCGAGUGAAAAUAGGAAUGCAGUGUUUCUGGAAAAGCACAAUCAACACCGCGGUGUGUAUUUAAAGAACGUGACUGCAAUUGAUUUGUCAAGCGGCGAAAGUUUCGUGCAGGAGUACGUUCAAAAACCAUUCUUAGUGGAUGGUCACAAGUUCGACAUUGGCGUCUACGUGGUCCUAACGUCUGUUGAUCCAUUGAGAGUCUAUUGGUACAAAGGAGAUGUGCUGUUCAGAUACUGCCCAGCAAAAUAUUAUCCCUUCGAUCCAACCAACCUCGACAAGUACGUGAUAGGUGAUGAUUACCUUCCUACAUGGGAGGUGCCUUCGUUGGCGCACCCGUACACAGCGUUGGGAUUUAGUAUGAAGGAGGCCUUUGAUCACUAUGCCCAGUCUAAAGGAAAAAAUACAACUCGGUUAUGGGACGAUGUGCAAGCAGCUAUUUCCGAAGUAUUCCUUAAAAAAGAACACCACAUUAUCGAUGCUCUGAAAAACUACCCGUCUAAAGACAAUUUCUUCGAAAUGAUGCGAUUCGAUCUGGUAAUUGAUAAAGAUUUAAAAAUAUACUUAUUAGAAGCCAACAUGUCUCCUAACUUGAGCUCUGCGCACUAUCCUCCUAACCAGCUUCUAUACGAGCAGGUUCUGUACAACCUGUUCACUCUUGUUGGAGUUGCACAGAAUGUAAAGAGCAAUAAUGCUACUGCUAACAAUAUGAUAUCAGCACAAAAAAAUAUAGCAGUUUAUAGCCACGAGUGCAGUACCAUAUGCAAAGAAGAUUGCGAGGCACUAGAUGUAUGCAAACUAUGUAGACCGUGCCUGGAGCCUAAGCUAAAAAGUAAUUUGUUGAACGCUCAUAGAGAGAAUCUGCACAAAGGAGAUUUUAGAAGGUUAUUCCCACCUGAAAUGAAACCUAACGCACGAAAUGAAGAACAAAUGAAAGAACUAAAUCACAUGAACAAACUACAGUAUCUGUGGUUUCAAGGGAAAUGCAAUAAUGAUAAAACUUGGUGUUUGUAGAUUAAAACUAAUUUAUUAAAGAAUUAACAAAAUAAAAAUAAACAUUAUUUAAAGAA